UCUGAUUGACAGGUUGUUUGAGCUCCUUCAAAGUGACAGGAUCCUCUGGAGGAACUGUCAUCAUCUACUGUCAUUAUUCCACAGAAGACAGAAGUCAUGACAAAUUGUUCUGCUUGGGUCGGUAUAGCUAUAGUUUGAGAUGUAUGUUUAUAUUUAUAGUUGGAGUUGUAAGGAUCAAAUCAGAACUGGAUUGAAGAACACCUGGCAGCACAGUGGUAGAUUCUCUCUGUAUGACAACACUGGAGGAAACUACUUCAAGGUGAUCAUCAGACAACUGACCAGACAAGAUGAAGGGACCUACUGGUGUGGAGUGAACAAACCUACUGCACCUGACAGUUAUACCAAGGUAGAGCUGGAUGUCGAGAAGGAUGACUGCUGUGAGAAGUCAGUCUAUAGUACUAGACUAAGGUUGUGAUGUGUGUUGAGAAGUCAGUCACAGAGACGGCCUUUCUGGAAGGAGAAGCUAACAUCAGAUGCAACUAUCCAGAGGACCAUGAGGACGACAUCAAGUAUUUCUGCAAGGAAAGCAAUGACUUCAAGACUUGUGUUUAUAUGGUUGCUGCUCACCAGACAUCUGCAGAAGCUGGUCGAUUCUCUCUGUCUGACAACAGAACAGAGAGAUUCUCCACAGUGACCAUCAGUGACCUGACUGAAGAUGAUACUGGGACCUACUGGUGUGGAGUAGAAACCAGCAGGACAGAACAACGUUACAGUACACUGAUCACACAGGUGAAGCUGCUUGUUAUAAUGAAACCAACCAACACCACAACAACAACAACAACAGCACCACCAGACCCACCCACAACCACCUUCCUCUCAUCAUCACCACCAUCAUCAUCAUCACUCAACGGAUCUGGUACCUCAGUGGUCAUCAUGGUGUCUGUUAGUCUGGUAGUGUUACUGCUGCUGAUCAGCCUGAUUAUCGUCUACAGAUGGAAAUACAACAAGGACACAGGAUCUGUCUCUUCAACACACAGAGUGAGUCCAGACACAGUAAACAAUGAAGGGGUCAGUAUAUGUUCAAAUCAGGGUUGUCAUGGUGACGGUGACUAUGAGGAGAUAAUGGAGCGCCCCCUACAGUCAGACUCAGAUGCUGCGACCUCCACCAUCUACGCCACCGCCAACUUACCCACAAGCUACUCUGACUCUCCCCAUUACGCCAGCGUCAACUUCCACAAGAACCCCAGUAGCCCCACCUACUCGACUGUCAAUCAUCCACACUGUUCCUCUGAGGCUCCUCUCAUCUCCUCCACGGGCAGCAUACCCAUAUACACUUGAGUCACUGGCAACCAAUCACAAGAUACAUACACUCACAGUCUACUUCCUGUUCUCUCAGUGACAGUGAGUUUGUAUGUCUUGCCCUGUUGAGCGGAGGUGUCACUUUAUGGAAAAUGUACAGAAAAUUCCCUGCACAAAACUGACAGUGAUAUAGGGGUGGAGUCAACAAACUCCGCCUUCGCAGUUUAAACUCUUCAAUAUGAGCGCAGCCACCCAGUAGAUGAUGAUGAUGAUGACGAGCAUUAUAAUAAUUAUAAUUAUAAUUUUAUUGUGAUGUUAUUUUGUCUUAGUUGUAUUUAUGAUUGUACAUUCUUAACUAAAUAACAACAUCUGACAUCUCUAGACCGUUCCUCCUGACAACAAAGAUAAUCUAUUAUGGGAUGCAGGUAGCCCAGCAGUUAAUAGUGUUGGGCCAGUAACUGCAAGGUAUCUGGUUUGAAUCCCUGAGCCGACUAGGUGAACUAAGGCAUUAAUUGUGGCUGGACCAUGGAGAUGUGUUGUGUUAAGGGGGAUGUGUUGUGUUAAGGGGGAUGUGUCUGGACCAGGGGGAUGUGUCUGGACCAGGGGGAUGUGUUGUGUUAAGGGGGAUGUGUCUGGACCAGGGGGAUGUGAUGUGUUAAGGGGAAUGUGUCUGGACCAGGGGGAUGUGUUGUGUUAAGAUGUGUUAAGGGGAAUGUGUACAGUUGAGGACACUCAUCAGUACGUUACAUUAUGAUUUUGGUUUAAUAUACAUCUGUUAUCAUUUUA